UGCUAGAAGAAUAACCUAGAGAGGGUGGCGGAAGGAAUUUGGGGGGGGAGGAGCAGAGACCUAGUUGAUCUUUUGGGGGACACGUGGUUCCUGUUCUAUAACUUGAGAAACGGAGCAGUCAAAAUGAGCGUAUCGAGUGGUUCCGGCGGGGCGACUGGAUCGGGAGGGAAUUUUGGUCAAGGUACAAGAUUUCACCCGAUGCUCGGGAAGAAGUGUUAUAUGUGCGGCGAAGCGGAUCAUUUUGCUAGUGUGUGUGAAGAGUACCACGAUGCCAAGGCACGAGGAGUAACCUUCGUUCCACCACCUCCACGACCAAGACUAGGGAGGACGCAAAGCGUGCAUGGGGAGAAUCCUCGAAGCCUAUCUGCUGAUAGUUUGGGGGCAAGGAGUGGAUCCACACGUACGGAGCGACUGAUGAGGGAAUAUUUUUUGGAGCUCGCUGAAGAACGCCGUACUAAGAAGGACCAAGAAGCAAAGGAGCUGGAAGAGAGAAAACAAGAGGAAGCGAGACUGGAACGCGAGCGCAAGAGGCUUGAAAGAAUGGAAGAGCGGAAGCGGUAUGAAGAUGAGCGGGAUGCCCGCCUACUCAGAUUAGUUCGCGGAGUGUGGGGCGGAGGCGCUGUGGCUGAGAACAAAAUGGAACGAAAGAAGGUGAAGGUAAAUGAGAAAGGAGAAACGGUUGAGGAGGAGAAGGAAAGAUUGCGACGGGAAAUCACGAUGCAAAUGAUUUCAGAGGACGAAGAAGACACCGAACUGUUGCUUUUGAGAAGACGAGCGGCGAGAAUCAAUAUUCACGAUAAGAGGAGACGGGAACCGGUUGACAAGUUGGAAGGUAGCCCACCGGCUAUGACACCAUCGAAAGGUCAGAGAGUGGGCCUGAUGAGUGAUGCGCGAAGGAGUAAGAUGCAAUUGGGUUCGGAAGCAAAAAAGCGGAUAAACGAGAUCCGAAACUAUGAGGCCGGACACGCAGCAUCCGGAUCUAGUAUUCUGAAGCUCGUAGGGCAGCUGUCGUUGAGCUUGAAGCAUGUGACGGCGAGAUGCGCACCUGGCGACCGGGAGAAAUACGAAGAAGAAUGCCGAGACCUGUUCGAAGCAUUGACGAUUGACGAACUCAAGGAGGAAGGGCCGUUAAGGAUUCGGGGUAUUGUCGAAGCAUUGCCGACAACUUUGAAGCUAAAACAGGAUUUAGUCAAGACGUUCAAAUUUCCACAGAAGAGGAUUAAACUUAGGCGCCUGCAGAUAAUCGAGUUAGUACAGUACUAUGCGGCAGCGAAGAUUUUUUCGAUGAAGCGAAGUCGAUCGAGGGCGAAGAAAAUGGUGACAGAUGUCAUCAAGAAGAAGUUUGGCUUGAACAUGAACCGCAGACUAAUUACUAAGGUGAAGUAUGAUAGUCGGAUCAAGAAAGGACAGGUUAGCAGACUGGUAAAAAAGAAGGUCGGAGGGUUACCCCUGGACACUGCUGUUUCGAGAAUGGUGAUGCAACGCUCACGAGUAGUUUGGACAAGAGGUCCAAAUAUCGGUGAGAUCAUCCACAACCAUCUCCGCUAUGCGGCAAGUGGAGUUGCGAGGUGCAGAUGCGCCGAUUCGUCCCUUCCGAAGGAACGGGGACAUGUCCAUUUUCGACUGAGCACGUGGGAGGAUUGUUCCGAUAUUGCUCGGAAUGCGAAGAAUAUUCCUCGCGAAUGGAAUGCGGAUUGUGGGGAAAGACUGAAGGAGGAGAUAUUAUCCUCCAUUCGGGGAAUCGACUGGUUGAAUGUCGAUGCUUCGGAGAUUUCUGUCACCAAUGAAGAGGUAGAUGGAUGCGUUGACCGAACAACAAACAAGGGCGAAAGAAACCUGAGUCAGACUGUUGACCUGGUAAGGAAACUUGAGGGAUUUGUCCGUACACCGAUGGACCGGAAUCCAGGCGAGACGAUGGUCAUGCGUGCUGAAGUAUACGCCAUGGGCCAUGGCGAUGAGCGACAUGUUCAUCCGGAAUACAGGAGAGAAAGGGAGGCAGCGGCAGCAGCUAGAGCUGUCGACAUUGCUGAUCAGGUGGCUCUCCUCCGGAUCCCGGAAGCUAAUGCUGACCGGUUCCAGGAGGAACUAGCUGCUGCUGUAGCAGCCUUGGUCCGACUGCGGACCUUGGAAGACUUUGACGGUCCCAUGGUGGACAAGAGGGCGGCCACGCUGCCGUCCAAGUACGACGGGAAGGCUGACAUCACCUCUUGGAUUAGUUCCAUGCGGUCAUACUUCGAGGUCAUGCGGACACCGCAAGAGGACCGAAGUAUGAUCAUGGGAACUAAUACCGAGUCUGCCGUACGAAACCACAUUGAGCUCCAAGCUGUUGCUGCAGGCUAUGCAUGCAUAGACCUGACUAAUUGGCUGAAGGUCAUCCCAGUUCGCACCCUUGAGGAUCUUCUCCUUGACCGGUAUCAGGAUAAACAUGCUGCGCUCAAGGCUAGACUGAAGCUUGAGGCCCUCAAGGGCCAAACAUGGAGGUCAUUCAUGCAAGCUUUGGAACAACACCUGACUGGUCUAUUCACCACUCCGGAUCUAGGAAUGACUGACGUGUCUUGCAUGGAUGCAGUCAUGGGAGUGGCCCCUAAAGAAUACCUCUCCCUGCUAGCACUCAAGGACCAUGCUACCUGGCGAGAGCUUAUAAAGGACCUAGUCGACCUAGAGGCCAAGGACCUCGCCAGGCGCAAGAAGGCGCCCGUUGCAGGUGGGAAACCACAACGCAAGCGGUUUGGAGGCAGCAACCAGCUUGCACGGCAUGAUCAUCGGGAGGCUGACGAUCAGUCCUAUGCGGAUGAUCUGCCUCUAGAUGACGAUCUAGAGCCGGACUCCGAUACGGGCUUCCCUUCGAGUGCACGGGAGAUUUCAACGUUGAAAGAACGUAACGAGUCGCCCCCCUCGACCCCCGUCCGGGAAAAGCGCGGAAGCGGCGCCGAGAACCGUCCGCCAAGGGCCCCGGAAAAAAAAUCGCGGGAUGAUAGAAGCGCGACUCCGCACCGCAGAACAAAGAAGAGAAUAUCCUACAAAGACGACAGAACAGUGGAGACAAUCGAUAUUAGAGGGUCUGAUGACAGGCACAGCGGACCCCAAGUGAAGAAAAGGAGGAACACGACCGUUCCGCGCCAGAGAAGUCAGAUGGUGCGGAGGACAAGGAGCCAGGAAAUGAGGGAGACGACAACAAUUCUUCCCGCAGACAAUCGCAAGACACCGAUGAGGACGACGACAGCGACGGCAAGUCGGCCAGCGAGAGAACCGGCGAAGACCAGAGCGCCGCUUUGGAAAAAGGUGGUUCGCCAUUUCCUUCGAGGACGCUGCGCAGAGAAGGAGAACGACAGGCACGCAAUGGCAGCGACACCGAGGAGCAUGUCGGUGACAGACAAAUCGUACAGCACGUCAGCGCCGCCGGAAAAGCAAACGGACCACCACCUCCCCGCUCGCAACAAGAUGCGCACCGAGAUGAAGGAGAACAAGACGUGGAGACGGAGCGGCGACGAUCCGUGGGGCGCCCCCGCCUUCAAGACGGCACUCUUAAAAGUUUUUCAGAUGAGGAAGGAAGGCCGGAACCUGGGCGUCACCCUGCAGCAACUGGCUUUUGCGGAGAUGGUCAUUAAAUCUGAGAUAGAACAGACAACGAAGACGACACGAGUUGCGGAGCAGAUAGAAAAAUUGGUAUCUAUAAAGCAGGCAAUCGUCUCAUCUCUCCGUAGCCGAGACACGGUAAUGAGUUUUUCCGUCUUCAAACUGGACCGUUCCAUAUCCGUGGCUGAGAAGGCAGCAAUGCUCUUUCGCUCUGGCACGCCGUCUGUCCACAGGCCUGGGCCUCCAAGCACCACAAUAACGGAUGACGAUUACGACAUCGAGUUCAUUAUCCCUCAGAGUACAGCAGCCGGAGACGGGGACAGGCGCAUCGACAGUCUGUGCGCCGCACCCUGAACAACGAGGGACAGUUUUGCGACAUUUCGACAUGGAAGGGAGGAUGCGGGGCAAUGACCAAACGGU